ACAUAGGCCAGCCGGUAGCUCCACUGAUUGAAAACACGGCAUGUUGCUUUCUCGCAAGUCGGCAUUUGCUCGUGUCAUACAAUUGCAAUUGGGGUGCAUUCUUAUUCCCUUAAUCCAAAUAUUCCACCACAAGAGUUGACAAAACAGCGCGAUUCCGCACUAGUAUAAUCUCCCACUUCCGUCCAUUCAGCUACAAAUUCCCAACGACACCAAAACCCCUUCACUUUUUUCUCCUCUACUACUACUGCCACUGUUGUUUGAUUGAUCAUCCUCCUGCUCUUCCCCCCGCCCUCGUCACCAAAGAAACCAACGCAGGGGCAGAGGGGAAUUCCAACUGCUCCUGCCGCUGCCUUCUGCCAUGGACGGCGGCUACCGUUCCAAGUCGUACGCCGGCGGGCGCAUGCAGAUCGAGCCCUACGCCGGCGGCGCGCGGCCGGACUUCCGGUCCCUGUCCUACGGCGGCGGAGGGGCGUCGUCGUACCAGUACCAGUACGAGUACGGGCACGGCGCCGGGGCAGGGUCGGUGUCGACGGUGGUGGAGGAGGAGGAGGUGAAGAGGAGCAAGUCGAAGCGGCGGUGGCUGUCGCUGGGCGACCCGGACAUGGAGCGGAAGCGGCGCGUGGCGGCGUACAAGGCGUACGCGGUGGAGGGUAAGGUGAAGGGCUCCUUCCGCAAGAGCUUCAGGUGGGUCAAAGACCGCUACCUGCACAUCGUCUACGGCUGGUCCUAGGUUCCUAGCUACUCCUACUAUCUAGCACCGAGAAAAGAGCAGACCGAUCGAGCUGCAAGAAGCAAAGUUUUCUGUUGCUGUUUAUAUUUCUUUUUUACGCCUGGUGAUCAUGGUUGCUCUGUAAACAUGGAUUAUACAUAUACAUGCGAGUCUUUCUCCUCUCUUUGUUCCCCCCUCUGUUCUUCCUUGUGUUCUUGAUUAUUGCCAUCACUGUGCUGUAAGUUGUAUGUAUCUGAUUGAGUUCUUGCGGUUCUGUUCAUGAAGGAAUCAACCAAAAAAAGUUGGUGUUCGGAUGCGGUAAUUU